CGAAUCGUGGUACAAGUUGGUGCAAGUUUCUGGCCAUCUGACUAGCCACCCGCAGAGAACUUAUACGAUGGUCAGCUUAGACACCUGCUGCACCAGUAUGUGAUUGGGAUUGUUUGUCUGUGUGUGUUGAGUACGAGGCGCCAAAAUAGAAGAAAAUAACGCCCGCUGUGGAAGGUCGAAGAUUAUCGGACACCAGCACCACCAACACCCGCCAGCGGAGCUGUACUCCCCAGGACCGCGAAAGACCGCAAACCAACCAGCGCGGCGGUGUGUUGUGCCACUCACACUGAUAGUCAGUGCCCCGUUUAUCAGUGCGCGCCCUUUCGCGCCGAAGGGCGGGCAAAGCUCCACGAACUAAUAGACUAAUCGCGCCCGGAACGAUUACCCACGGGCAGCAGUCGGUCCGCUUUCCCGAAUUUUCGCGCACGAUCAUAUUUUGAUUGUGAAGAAAGGUGCAUCGGCGGCGAAGAAAGACACGCGUGCGCAUCGCGCUCACAAAUCUUCGCGUUUCGUGUGAACCGGCGGCGUGUGUCGGUGGUUAUCAGCUCUGUUUGAUAACCCAAGUGCACAAGACUCCCUUCCCAGGGUGAAUCUUGCGCCGAGGAACGGCAAACACAAGCCAAACAGGCUACUACGCAACAACAAUGGCCUACGAGAUGAUGCUGUACCCGACGGAGAAGACUCCGCAAACCGUGCCGGCGGCCGGUAGCAGCUACACGUCGUCGGACCUGUACGCCUCGUACGCAGAGCUGUUCGAUCUGUCGCUGGUGCCGAACGACGGCGAGGUACCGCUCAGCCCGCAACAGCAAAGUCUGCCGCUCGGCCCCAGCCCAGCCGGUAGCAGCAGCCCCGAGUACAUCCCGGCUACGAUCUUCCACGACGUGCCGGCCGGCGGACCGAUGCAUCAGCUGAAACAGGAGCACCUGGGGACGACGCCGUCGAGUUGGUCGGACACUUGGAGCGUCAGCAGUGGCUACCUCAGCUGCGGCAGUGUCAGCAAUCCGGGCUCCCCCGAAUCUCCGGCCUCAUCGUACGGGCUGCUGGACCAUCCGCACCACCAGCAGUGGUCUGCGGCCACUACUCUGCAGCCGCCGCCGCCGCCACCGUACGAGCAGCAGCAGACGAUUAAAAGCGAGUACGAGUCGGGCCCGGAGACCAGCAUCGAUCUGGAGUCGCUGCUCGGUGACGCACCGUCACCGUAUCCACCGGUCCCAGCCACCAUCGUGAAGCUGGAACCCGGUGCUGGUCACCCGUACUCGUCGUUCCAGAGCGCCGGGCCGUCGCCACCGCCGCCGCAGGACACCGGCAAAGGCUUCCAGAUACUGCGGGAGCACCUGCAGGACACGAGCUUCCAGCGGCGGCACAACCUGAAACCGUUAGAGCUGGAUUCGCUGAUCGGCGGUCUCACGACGCAUGCCGACAUCAGGCCUGUGUUCGAGUUCGCCCUGCAGGAGGUGAAGGCGACGAUGCAGGCGAUCUGCACCGAACUCGGCAUCUCUUCCGAUCCCAAGCAGUGGUCAACCGUCACGGUACACCAGUGGCUGAACCUGGCCAUGGGCAAGUACUCGCUCCCGCGGCUCGACAACCUGGGCCGCCUGUUUCCGGAGAAUGGCGCCCAGCUGGCCGCCCUACCGCUGGAGGAGUUCGUACGCCGCAUUCCGCAGGGGGGCCACCAGCUGCACGGAUACCUCGAGCUGUGGCUGAUGGAGGCCGACAGUAUGACCAGUGCGAUGAUGAUGGUCGGCGAGGGUAUCACUGGCCAUGGCAGCACCCUCCAGGCUCCAGGUCUCCAGGGCGUGGCGCACUUCCCCGGCACAUCGGGCAGUGGUGCCGCCGCCACCAUCGCCGCCACAGCCACCAGCCCAGCGAUGAUGGUCGAGAACUUCGACAGUGACUCCGCGAGCGGCGAUGCCAGCGACGAUGACGACGAAGACAUGCCGCUUGAAAGUCCUGGAAGUUCGUCCUCUGCCGGUGGCGGUGGACGGUCGGGCACGGUAACGACGGUGACCACCAGCGGACCGACCGGGGCAUUGGCCGGCCCGAAGCCACGUCAGAGCGGCUCGCACAUCCAUCUGUGGCAGUUCCUGAAGGAGCUGCUGGCCAAGCCGGAGCAGAACCAGAACGCCAUCCGUUGGAUUGAUCGCCAGAAGGGAGUGUUCAAGAUCGAGGACUCGGUGCGCGUGGCCCGACUGUGGGGCCUCCGCAAGAACCGCCCGGCGAUGAACUACGAUAAGCUGUCGCGCUCGAUACGGCAGUACUACAAGAAGGGUAUCAUGCAGAAAACCGAACGCUCUCAGCGGCUGGUGUACCAGUUCUGCGCCCCGUACGCUCUCUAGAGUGCCGCGGAUCCGAAUCUAGGUUUAAGUUUUAUUUAUUAUGCCUAACUUAUUUCCCGUCCGCCGUCCGUCCCCCUGGGAUGGGAUGAUCACUCUUUCGUAUUAUCGAACGUUCCUGAGCGCCAGCGAUCGUGUGGUCGGUGCGGUAGUAUUAACCCAACGACUGCGAAGCAGAGGCGCGACCUGGCGACCUGACGGAACAGGAUAAUAUCUGCUGGAAACGAGGUGAUCCCCAUCAGCCACCCGGGGAACAGCGGACGGACGAAACAGAAUUUACAAACUCAUUCAACUUCAAACUAGCGUGUCAAUGAUGGCUACGCUAUGAUUUGUGUCACAACGCCGGUCAGGGCUGUAUAGAGUCUCGCUUCACGAGGGAACAUCCCGGAAGCGAGAACCCAGCGACUGGUUGAAAGCGGACGGAUAACAGAAACUUUCCUCGAAGCACAGCAAGUCGAGCUCCGUCACGGUCCAAGAUUUCUGGAUGCGAUGACGGCACAGCGACGACAGCAGCUUCGGUACAAGGAUCGCUUUCGGGCGAGGUCAGGUGUUUCCCGAAUUUCUAACGAUAAGCGCGGAACAGUGGCGGGUAGCAGAUAGAUAUAUCACGCCCGUCGUUGUUCGUCGAAGUUUUGUCGCAUGAAGACAACGGAGUUACACUUUUGUUAUUCGUUCCAUGUAUUGCUUACCGCUCUGUGGUGACGCUGGUUUCCGGGCGUACCCGGGUAUUACGGGCGCCCGGCUGCGUUGCAGAGUCGGUAAUUUCGGUCCCAUAUAUCUAUGAUAUAUUUUUACUGUAAGUUCUAUGAACAUUACAAGCUAGUUAGCGAUCGUUAGAUGUAGAGAGAGAGCGCGCGCGCUGGAAGGAGAUCCGUACGGUUAGGUUAAGCACUUAGGUGGUACACAUUGCUCAGCGAAGACGAUUUUCAAAUCACUGCGA